AUGGCUGCCACGGUUGCGGCGGCGGAGGCUACGGCUGCGGCGGCGGCGGAAGCCAAGGGGCGGCAGCACACGGGGAAGGCGGUGGGGCUCGCCGCGCACGACGCGUCCGGCCACCUCGCGCCGCUCACCAUCACCCGCAGGAGCACUGGAGACGAUGAUGUAGCGAUAAAGAUUCUGUACUGUGGGAUGUGUCACUCCGACCUUCACAGCAUCAUGAACGAGUGGAACAACGCCAUGUACCCCAUGGUCCCUGGCCACGAGAUCGCCGGAGUGGUGACGGAGUUGGGCAAGAACGUGACGAGGUUCAAGCCGGGCGACCGCGUCGGCGUGGGCUGCAUGGUGAUCUCGUGCCAGUCGUGCGACAGCUGCGACGAGGGCUUCGAGAACACCUGCCGGGGCGGCAUCAUCUUCACCUACAACUCCGUCGACCGCGACGGCACCGUCACCUACGGCGGCUACUCGACCGCCGUCACGGUGCACGAGCGGUUCGUGGUCCGGUUCCCCGACGCGAUGCCGCUGGACCGGGGCGCGCCGCUGCUGUGCGCGGGCGUCACCGUGUACAGCCCCAUGAAGUACCACGGCCUGCUGGACGCUAACGCGGAUGCGCCGGCGGGGAGGAAGAAGCAGAAGCACGUCGGCGUGCUGGGGCUGGGCGGCCUCGGCCACGUCGCCGUCAAGUUCGCCAAGGCGUUCGGGAUGAAGGUCACCGUCAUCAGCACGUCGCCUGCGAAGAAGCAGGAGGCACUCGACCGGCUCGGCGCCGACGGGUUCGUCGUCAGUAAGGACGCCGAGGAGAUGAAGGCGGCGGCGAGCUCCAUGGAUGCCAUCAUCAACACGGUGUCGGCGAACGUCCCCUUGGCGCCGUUCAUGGGCCUGCUCAAGCCCAACGGCAAGAUGAUCAUGGUCGGCCUCCCCACCAAGGCUCUCGAGAUCCCGCCCUUUGAUCUCAUCAUGGGGAACAAGACCCUGACGGGGAGCUGCAUCGGCGGCAUGAGGGACACGCAGGAGAUGCUCGACGUGGCGGCCAGGCACGGCGUGAUGGCAGAUAUAGAACUGGUGGCCGCGGACUACGUGAACACGGCCAUGGAGCGCCUGGCCAAGGCUGACGUCAGGUACCGCUUCGUCAUCGACAUCGGCAACACCCUCAAGAAUUCAGAGUGA